AUGAGGUCCACUGCCAAAGUGCUAACGAUAACUUUCUUUUCAGCCUCCCAAAACUCCUUGUACAUCACAACGAAGCUAGCAGAGGUGCCAGUGGAGAAGAUCAACGGUUCUCUUGGCAUCACCAUCAGGGGUGGUCUGCCGGAGAACUCGGCUCCAAGCGCAGACCUGGUCCUGAACAGCAGGUCGCUGGAUGCCCAGCCUUUGGUGGUGACCCACGUCAGGCCAGGAGGCGCGGCAUACAACACAUCUAGGAUUAAACCGGGAGACAGGCUACUGAAGGUCGACCAUAUAUCGCUGACCAACAAAACACUAUCAGAAGUCCACCAAAUCCUCCAGAACUGUCCACAAGUGACCAGCCUUACGAUAGAGUACGAUGUCUCCAUCAUGGAAUCAGUGAAGUUGGCGACUGGUCCCCUACUCAUUGAGAUCGAAAGACCCUGCAACGAAGAUCUGGGUAUAUUCCUGACCAAUCAGAGGUAUUCCGACGAAGUGUACAGUUCUGGAUCGGACACUUAUCAGAGGGUUGGGAGUUGCAACGCCAUUUAUAUUGACAGCAUAUUGCCAGCCAGUAUCAGUGAUAGAUGUGGUGCUCUCCAUCCCGGAGACCAGCUCUUAGCCUUCGACGACCACGUGAUAGACGGCAACAACUACACCGCUGAAGAGGUGAUGUGCUAUUUGGAGAACUGCGAGGGAGGCUUCACGAGGCUCCACGUGGCUCCGAGGCACGUGGUGGUGCAUGGCAAUGGCAGGUUUACAAGAGAAAACUCCAUAUCCGGCACGCUGAACCCCAAGAAACACCGGCAGCGAAACUACAGGCAAAGCUCGAUGCCCAAACUAGGCUUACAAGAUGAUUAUGACAGCCAACAAAACUACAUGAGCCUGGGCGUGUGUCGGACGGAGUCUCUGAACAUACAGCUCGAGGUGCCUCCAGGACAGAGCAGCGGGCUGGCAGUGCAUGAGGACAAUGCUGCGCUGGUGAUAUCGCAUGUCGCUGCGCAGUCGCCGGCUUACAGAUCCGGCUGUCUACAAAUAAGGGACAGAGUUAUGUCAAUCAACGGCCAUGAAAACCUGACUGUUGAUGUUGCUAAUGAAAUUUUGCAAAGGCGGAACGAUUCGCACAACCCAAAGUACUUGACUCUGAACGUUGAGUUCAGUAUGCCGAACACUAUAGAGGCGUCGAGUGGCGUGUUCAAUGUUAAAUUGGCGAAGACGACUGCGGGGCUCGGUGUUACUAUUACAGGCUGCAAACAAAAACUGCUCAGCAACGAAGAGCCGAUGGUGAUAUCAGACAUCAAGCCAGGGUCGGUGGCGCACCGGAGCGGAGCCUUGGCGCCGGGAGACCAGCUCUUAGCCAUCAAUGGUCAACCGUUACAUAAUCUGUCUUUGGACACCGCCUUCAACAUUCUACAAAAUUCUCCAGAAGAUAUCAUCACUCUAAAAAUUCGGAAGCGCGACUUAACCGAAGACUGGUCCAACAUCCACAAGCAUAACGCAAAGUUGACGUUACAGAGUUUUAGUAAUAUCGAAAUAAAGGCUGUCGUUCAUAGCGAGGUUGACUCUGGUCAUCACACAGAGAGUCCUAAUAAUAGUGCUAAAGAAAGCGAAAGAAGUCAUGGCAGUGAGAAUGGAAAUACAGCAGUGUUUACAGUGGAACUGAUCAAGCAAGAAAAUGGGCCUUUGGGAUUGACUAUAGCGGGGAGUGAGGAUGUUACGCAGCCAAUUUUGCUAAGCGGGCUCGUUGAAGGGGGAGUAGCAGAGAAAUGUGGCAAGCUUGCUAUAGGAGAUGAACUAUUGACAAUUAACGGUGAAAGUGUACUCAAUAAACCUCUGUCAGAAGCGAUCAAGCUCCUGCAAUCGAGUGGUCAAAGAGUGCAAUUACAGCUGUGCAGGAAAGUCACAGGUUCAAUAGAGAGUGGCGAGUGCAGCGCAAGAGACUCAAGUCAUUCCACGUCAAGUCCAGGACUCUCUAACGACAGCGCUGUUGAGUCCUGGGAUCAGAACACGCCAGUCAGAACUAGCACCAAUUGUGGUAAUUCCGAAGUAAUAGAAUACGCAGUUCCAGAUAAAACUCGAAUAGCGGAAAAGCAAAUAUAUUCUCCUACUGACGAAGACAAACUCAUGGCUUCCAACUUCAACUCGGCCGCUCCGUACAGCGUCAACGAUCUACCUCUACCAAACUACUCAUUGAACAACUCGCUCAAAACGUUCCAUUACGAGAACACGUGUAUCAUUCCCGAUAGUACAUUAAAGAAUAAACAGAAUAUAACGAGAGAGGACGAUGUCCAGCAAAUAGAGAUCCUAACCUCAAACAUGAAGGAUUGUCAGCUGCAUAACAUGGAGCGAGCGUCUUGCAAAUGUGAUUAUGUGCAGAUGGGUCCUUAUGGAAUGGUCUCUCCGAAGACCAGGAGACCGAAUUGGGACAACGAUUACUUGAACAAUGGGAUAUACACGGUGACGACCCCACAAAAGUCGCCGCAUAAGCCUCCCAUGCCGGGAACUAGUUUUCAGUUCUCCACCAGUCCUAUUUAUGAGAAUGAGGUCCCAGGUCUUUACAGCAGCGAAACGGUAUCGCCCGCUCGUGGUUCCGUCCAUCACGUGAUCCUAUACAAGGAUGCCAUAUACGACGACUAUGGGUUCUCUGUGUCAGAUGGAUUGUACGAGAGAGGCGUGUACAUCAAUAGGAUCAGGAAAGGUGGUCCGGCUGACAUAGUCGGUCUGCUCAGGCCUUAUGAUAGGAUAUUGCAGGUGAACGGAACCAGAACAGUGGACUACGACUGCUGCCUGACAGUGCCACUCAUAGCGUCCGCGGGCGACCGGCUCGAGAUAGUCGUGCAGAGGCUGGCCACUUCCAGGGUAAGUUUAUUUGGACCGAGGCUACUCAAACUUUUGAAGAGUCGGGCCAAACGGUGGAUUCAGUCGUUAACGACGGGCCACUUAUGA